GAUCUGAGACCCUCCAUCUCCAACCGUCGGAGUCCCUCUCCUUCUAUUUCCGACUCCUAACUUCAAAUUCACAGCUCACUAUUCCAUUAAAAAAAUCUACCUCCAUGUCCAACUGCUUCUGAUAACUGACGUCUCACCCAAAUCAUGACUGCUUAUACCCACAGAUCUACUGGUUCCAUGUUGCCCAACCAAAACCCAUUACGACCCACCUCCUGAAACAAGCCAUGGUGGAGAUACUGCCGCUCGGCCGGUUUCAGUUGCACCAGCAGAGGUUCGAAUUCAAGCGGUUGGUCCCGGCUUUUCUGUCAACUUAUUACAAGACCCUUUUCGCUGUUCUUUGGAUUGCCGCGUUCGUCUCUGUCUUUCUCUGGCAGCGGAAUGCUGUGGGGGUUAGAUUCUCGUUCUUCAGGGGGGCGGGUUCGGGUCGACCCAUGCCGAGGUUGCGGCCCUUUGCGUUCAAUUUGACUGAUUUUGGGGGAGUUGGAGAUGGGGUGACGCUUAACACGGAGGCGUUUGAGAGGGCGGUGUCGGCAAUUUCGAAGCUUGGGAAGAGAGGCGGCGGACAGCUCAAUGUGCCACCCGGGAAGUGGCUUACGGCGCCCUUUAAUCUCACUAGUCAUAUGACUCUGUUUUUAGCUGAGAAUGCUGAAAUUCUUGGAAUUGAGGAUGAAAAGUACUGGCCAUUAAUGCCUCCAUUGCCUUCAUAUGGUUAUGGAAGAGAGCAUAUGGGACCUCGAUAUGGGAGUUUAAUUCAUGGUCAAAAACUUAAAGAUGUUGUUAUAACUGGGCAUAAUGGCACUAUAAACGGGCAGGGUCAGUCAUGGUGGAAGAAGUAUCGCCAGAAACUUCUCAACAACACUAGGGGCCCACUUUUACAGAUAAUGUGGUCAAGUAACAUUGUGAUCACUAACAUAACCUUCCGUGAUUCUCCAUUUUGGACAAUCCAUCCAUAUGACUGCAAAAACAUUACAAUAAGGAAUGUUACCAUCUUGGCUCCUAUAUUCGAAGCCCCAAACACAGAUGGAAUCGAUCCUGGUAAGUAUACAUAAUAAUUGCGAUAGAAUUAGGAUGGGCUAUAUAGUUGCUAAGACAGCAAUAGUAUUUAGGAAUAGCCAUGAGACAGGAAUGAGUAUUAGCAAGUAAUAGUCAUGGGACAGGAAUGAGUAUUAGAAAGGAAUAGUCAUGAGACAGGAAUGAGUAUUAGAAAGGAAUAGUCAUGAGACAGGAAUGAGCAUUAGAAAUCUCUCUUCAAUGGGUAGAAAACAAAUUUUUGGUUGGGAGGAGCUGAGGACAGAUAUGUAGUAUGAUAUUUUAUAAGUGGCUAGAGAAAUGAAAUCUAGAAGUGUUC